AGUUAGACUCCGCUACCUCCGUGCUGGGGGCUCUGAAAAAGCCAGGCCUAAGCCUAGCCCCCUGGUGUAGCUGCAUUCCUCUAGCUCAGUCUGGGAAUUCUUCCGUCGACCUAGUUACUGCUGCUCCCAGGGCUUGUCAUCACUACAGGAUGCUGCUUCGGGCGUUAGUUUAUCGCCUCUGAUCCAAGUGCUCUCCUGUCAACUCUGGCACUCCAACAGGAUGCAAAGAGUAGGUGGAGUUGACAAGAGAGCAGCCCUGCUGACCUUACUAUGUGGAAGACAUCAUGGUGCAGCCAUGCAGGAGAGCAUCCGUUUUGCUUCAUCUGGAGAUGAUAUUAAAAUAUGGGAUUCCUCGUCUAUAACAGUGGUGGAGCAGUUCAACCCACAUGCUUCACAUCAAGUCAACUCAUUGUGUUGGGGAAGUAAUAAUAAUUUUCUGGUCACUGCCUCUACAAUUGGUGAUAAAAUAGUUGUUUCAAGCUGUAAAGGUAAACCUGUUCCACUUUUUGAACUAGCUGAAGGGGCAAAACAGACAUGUGUGAGCUUAAAUUCCAGUUCUAUGCAUAUCGUCAGUGGAGGCCUUGAUAACACUGUUAAUAUCUGGGACUUAAAGUCUAGAAGACUUCAUCGUUGCCUCAAGGAUCAUAAAGAUGAAAUUACUUGUGUAACAUUUAAUUGGAAUGAUUGCUACAUUGCUUCUGGAUCGAUGAGUGGUGAAGUUAUUCUACACAGUGUUACUACCAAUUUAUCCAGCACUCCUUUUGGUCAUGGCAGCAGUCAGCCUAUUCGACACCUGAAAUAUUCUUCCUUUAAGAAGUCUUUACUGGGCAGUGUGUCUGACAGUGGAACUGUAACGCUGUGGGAUGUAAAUAGUCAAAAUCCAUACCAUAAUUUUGAAAAUGCUCACAAAGCUCCAGCCUCGGAAAUCUGUUUUUCUCCAGUCAAUGAGUUGCUACUUGUAACCAUAGGUUUGGAUAAAAGGAUCAUUCUCUAUGACACUUCAAGUAAAAAGCUACUGAGAACUCUGGUAGCUGAAUCUCCUCUGACAGCAGUGGAUUUUAUGCCUGAUGGCACUACUCUGGCUAUUGGCUCUUCUCGUGGAAAAAUUUACCAUUAUGAUCUAAGAAAGCUGACGUCACCGGUAAAAACUGUCAGUGCUCACAAAACCUCUGUGAGAUGUAUACGCCUUCAGUAUAGUAGUACUAGUUCAAAGUCUAGCUUUAAUAAAUGUUCUUCAAAUAAACCAGCAUCCAAAAGAACAGAUGUUAAAGCAAGUAGUAAUGUUGGAGGAAUUCAGAAUACUGCCAUAAUCAAAAAUCUUACUUCCAACACACCAACUACAGUUUCAUCCCAGCCCAUCUCAUCAAUUGAGAACAAAGGAGCAGAUGCUCAGGACAAAACAACUUUUCCUCGCAGUGGCAGCAUGGAUAUAAUUCUGUCUAAAGAAACAGAUCAUGGGAAGAAUGCUGAUAUGACUAACUUUAAUGAUCUUGGACGAGAUAGUUUAGGUGACAUGUUCUCUCCAGUCAGAGAUGAUGUUGCAGUUUACAAAACAAAUGACGAGCUUCCAGGAAAAGGAGAUGGUUUGGAUUUCCUCCCCUACUUUUCUGGUUUGGAUUUUCUUCCCCAAUUAAACACUGUAUUUCCUGUAAAAAGUAACACAGUGAGUGUGUGCAUGCAAGGGACACGUUCUAGCCCAUUACAUGCAUUUGUGGGCUCUCCUAUUAAAGAAGAAGGUGAGCAUCCAAAUCAAGAUGCUGAAGCUACAAAAAUAAAUACUGGAAAACAAGAGUCCAGAGAACCCUUUAAACAGCUUUCAAAAUUGAGCUCAUCGAGCGCUGAGUCUGGAAAUUCAAAUACUUCACCUUUGCCCAUUGUAAUCAAGUCUCCAGAAGCAAAUGAGAGGCUAGGGAAGAAUAUUCAGGCACUCUUGAUGUCCGAUUCACCAGUAAAUGGUACUACCUCAGCAGGUCCGAAGAUAACUUCCUCUGUCACUGUGGGAGUUGCUAAUUCAUUAUCUGAAAAAAUAGUAGACACUAUUGGAAGUAAUAGACCAAAUGCACCUUUGACAUCAGUUCAGAUUCAUUUCAUUCAGAAUAUGAUACAGGAAACACUGGAUGAUUUCAGAGAAGCAUGCCAUCGAGACAUUGUGAAUUUGCAAGUGGAGAUGAUUAAACAGUUCCAUAUGCAGUUGAAUGAAAUGCAUGCCUUACUUGAAAGAUACUCUGUAAAUGAAAGUUUAGUAGCCGAAAUUGAAAAAUUACGAGAAGAAAACAAAAGACUGAGGACCCACUUCUGAAAGACCCAUGCAAAGCUUAUUUUGUUGGCAUGAACUUAAUGCAUUUUGUACUUUAACUUGCAAGACAUUACCUACCAAACACUGAAGUUGUGUAUGAAGAUCCAGUAUUGGUUUUUUGAACUUAGAAAACCUCUUCUUUUAAAUAAAUGUUACUAGACAAAAUACUUAACUGUAAAAUUUUUAACAGAGAUAAAUCUGCACUAAUAAUUGCUGUAAAGAAUGUGUUCAUAUCUUUAUGGUAAAUCAACUUGAAAUACAUCUGUUGUCUACCAGGAAAGCUAACAGGAUAUUUUGUCAAAGCUUUAGCUGUCCACAAAGUGCCUUUUAUGAACCAAAAGGAAACGGGGCAAAUAAAAAUAUAUAUUCUAUAAGAAUGUAUAUUCCAUAAGAAUUUUUGAUCAUAUACCUGCUAUCAUAUCUAUAUGACUGACAUUCUUUUUCACGUUCAUCAACAACAGUCAUUUUAGAUUCAGCAUUUCAACUAUUUUUGUGAAAAACAGUAGUUUUCAGUGUGACAUUUGGAGUUUUGUUUAUGAAUAGCUGGGUAAAACAGGGAAUUUACUAGUAAUUAUUUGAUUAACAUGCAAUUAUUUAUAACUCAGAACUUUUCUAUAUGAAGCAAAAUUUGACUUCAGUUUUUGAUAUAUUCAUGAAUGUGAUCAUCCACUUGUUUGUGUUUUUUAAUUGUUUUUAUGAUAACUCUGUACUCUUCUGCCACUGAUUUCUUCCUCUUCUCUGCACUCCUUCCCGUGCUUAUAAACUUAAUAUUUAGGAUGAGUUUUUGUUACAAUUUAUCUGUGUAAACUAGAAUCCUUUCAUUUAUGUAAGUGAAUAUUUACAUAUUUUAUGGCAUAUUGAAUAAUUUACCCAGUUUCAUUGAAUAUAAUUUGUAGCCUUUGAAAUGUUCUGAGUGUACAUACUUAGCCAGUAGUACAACAUAGUUACAGACUUUGAGGAUUUGACUCCAACAUAUUGUUUCUUCCCUCUCUCCCUUCCUUAUCACCUAUUUACUGUACCUCAUAUGCUGCAGGCAUGUGUUCACCAAUCUUUGCCACUUAAUCAUUACUGUAAAUUUUUUUUGGCCCUGCUGAAUACCAAAUGAAUUCAGUUUGUCUUCGCUAUAACAUAACUGCAUGUGUCAUAUUAGUAUUGACUUUUUGUCCAGCAGUACAAUUCUUCCAGGCCUAUUCUUGCACUCCUUAAUAAGGCAAAAUAUCUAAAAUGAAAACCUGGCCUCCCUGAAGUCAAUGUAAGUUUUGCCAUUGACUUCAAUGGAGUCAGGCUUUCACUCAAAAUCACACCAGUGAGAAUAUUGCCUUAGCAAGGGCUGAGCAGGCCUCUGCUACCAAGUGCCUUUUGGAGUUGGUGUUUUGAAGAUCUUUAGGUACCCAUAGCCAAUAUAUAGCUCUCUUCCAAAUCAUACAUGUUCAGACUGAAAGGAAGACUCCAAGAAAGAACUGAGACCACAUUAAGUUAUUAGCUACAACAUGUAACCUUUACAGACAAGAUGACAUUUUUCCAAUAAAUGAAAAAUCCAGAACAAAGCAUUAAGCUUGUUAUUUACUUAAAAUGAUACAGUGCAAAUAUGAAACACGAAAACACACUUUGAUUCUUGUCACCAUCUUUAACAUGUUUAAGAGAAGCAUAAGCAUUUUUCCUGUAUUUUUACAAGCUAAUUACUGAAUUAUUUUUUCUUGUAAAAAUAGAAUAUUGAGGUAGCUUUCAAAAUUAUGAUCACAACUUGAAUAUUAGCUUGCAGUGUACUGCUACUAUGUUCAAAUGAACUUUUUUAAAGUGUUUCUAUAAAGUUUUACUUAACUCAGUGAACUCAAAGAAGCAGAAUAACUUAAACUUAUUUUAGUAAUUUAAUGCUAAUGUACAGAAAAAAUAGUAUUUUGUAAAACUUUGUAAGUUUGUAGGAGGAGCAAAUAAGUUCUAAUUGACACUCAAAUUACCAGCCACAAACUUGUGUAAAGAUGAUGUUUAAAAGUGUUUUAAAUCAGUGAUAGGCAGCCAAGGCUAGUAAAUGGGCCUCAUGAGUGGGUCGUCUUCAUCUCAGUGGGCUGCAAGAUUGUCAUAACCAAGACUGUCUCAUGGGAUAGAUUAUUUUGCUAACUGUGCUUGCAUACCUAGAAUUUGCAGGAUGUGCCAACUGAUUCAUAGCAGUAUGUGGGAUGAGGUAGCUCUCGUGGUCUAUGUUGUGUACAAGCAGAUCGCUUCAUGUGUCCUUGCUUUAAGUGUGUGUCACUUUAAUAAUACUCAUGGGGGGGCACUACGUGGAUGGAAACCAGCAUAAGCUGGCAGUCCUGCCCAUGGGCAGUGGUAAACAAUGUUUCAUGGGCCACAUAUAGAACCCCAAGGUUGCCCCCCACUGCUUGUAAAUCUUUCACCAUUCUACAGUAUGCAUUGUUAAUCUAGUGUAGCAAACAUGCAGAAUCCAUUUAAUCCCAAGGCUUUUGCACCAGGAUGGCCAUAAAAUAUCAGGGAAUUGGAAGAGCAUCCUGAGAAUUUGCCUGCAGGUUUUCACCACGUCUUCUAUUUUUUGAUUCAUAAUCUAGGUGAAGUCUGAACCUCUGAACACAGGACACUGCAAGAACAGUGAUUGAAGGAAGAAAUGGUUUUGAACUUUGUUCUGGGGCUUGUUUCUUUAUUUCAGCAUUAGUGUGGCACUGGUGACUGGUAGAAACAUCUGGCAGUCUGAUAGCCCAUAGGGGGGCAAAACAUGUUUUAUUUGUACACAGAUCUGAACUGUAUUUUAAAAUAAAAUUGUUUAUUUUAACCUUUAGACCAAAGUCCUUGUGGUAGCCAUCUUUUUUAUUAAUACAGAAGGUUAUAUGUGUCAAGACAAAGACUGCAAACUAGGCAUGGCCACAUUAUUCAUUCAUUAUUUACCCUGGAAUUCUUUAUUGUGUCUAGCUUUGCAGUAUCUCCCCUACUUUUGAGACAAGCAACAAGCAAUGUGGCAGCCAUGUAAAGGAAUUGGUGUUAUGGUAAAGUUCUAUUUCUACCAUGUAAUUAUGGAGUCACAGAUGUAUGUGACUUAGAAAUGUGUAAACUUAUGACAGAGUUGAUGGCCAUUGCUGAAGAACACUUUCAAAUACUGUUUUUGGAAGAGGGAGAGUGCAUGUUUUCUACCCCACUUCUCAAAUACUGAUGCAUCUGAGAUUCUGGACUCUCCUCUGUCCUGUACUAUAAUUUGGAAUUAUAUAUGCUUACUUUCCUCUCCUUCUUUGAAAAUAAACAGUUUAUUUUUUUUCCCCUUGGUCCUGGUUCAUAGCCAGAUACGAAAUACUCAUUUUAAAGUCAAUCUGGAUUCUGGAAAUAGAUCUAUACAUAAUCAAGAAUAUAUAUAAGAUCCAUGUAUUUUUUUUAAAUGGAGUUGUUGUCAGGCUGAUUUUUUGACAGUGCUAAGAAAUGUGAAUCUUUUAAAAAGACUGUACUUAAAGUGAGGGUCAUUGACUGAUUAAAUA